GGGCACUGACCAAUGGUGAAGACAAUCAGCGCACAAUAGAAGACAUCAGAAUCCUAUAUUUAAGCCUCCCUCGUCAACUGAGCUUCGAUACUUCUUCUUCUCACUUUCAAAUAUCCCACUUCAAUUACUUCUCUCAAGAAACAAGAUCCUCUCAACGAUAUUAACAUGUCUUCCACUACUUCGACUUCGACUCCUCUCGUCUCCAUCGGCGCUGGCGCUGGUGUGGAUACCUCUCGUCUUCUCGAUCGCGAUCCGAGCAAGUUCCGAUCUAUCAAGCAGGUCAUCGUUGUCGGUCGUCCUGGUACCGGCACUGAUGCGAUCGCGGAGGCUCUCAGGAUCCUGAAGUUCAAGGUCUACGAUUUCAAGGCUGCGAGCGACCGUCAUGCACGCGACUUCCCUCUUUGGGUCGAGGCAGCUCGUCUGCGCAGUGAGGGCAAACCAUACAGUCAGCUUGACUACGACAAGGUCAUCGGUGACCACAACGCGCUCGUUGGUGCGCCGACCUGCUUCUUUGACCACGACUUCGUCAAGCUCUACCCCAAUGUCAAGGUCAUCAUGGUCACCAGCGAGCCUGACGCCGACACCGUCGAGACGCUACUUCAGAACCUCAACAAGUUUGCAGUGAAGCAAAUCAUGGCUCGUAUCGACACCGAAUUCUUCGGCAACAUUUCUACCUUUCUCGAGCUUGCUUGCAAAGCCGAACUCGACCACCAGGCCAUCCGUGACACCGUCCGCGAGAACAACCUCCUCGAGAUUGAUACCCUCGAUGACUGGAAGUCUAUUUGCGACUUCCUCUGCGUUCGCGUCCCGAAAGAGCCACUCCCUCCGAUGCACGACGACACGACAGCGACUGAGCUUGUACUGCGCCCGCUGCAGGUCAUUCACAAGCUGACGAAGAUCCAUGGCAUGAGGGUCAUCCGAGCUCUUCAAGGCCUCUGUGCUGUAGCAGGUAUCUCUCUCUCUGCCAACCUGAUUGUCGAAGACGCUCGAGGCGCUGCAGUCCUUGGCUUCGGUGUCUGUACCAUUAUCGCAGCAUAUUACUUCACCAACCGCACAGAUCCGAAGGCACUCGUGACACCUACCUCUGCCAAUUUCGUGACCCCACAGAAGGCAGUCACUACCACUAUCCAGAAGCAGCAGCCUCCUCACCGCGAGAAUAACCGUCGAGCCUACGGGAAGCAGGCCCGCGGCCGCCAGAACCACCAAGUUCAGGGACAGCCGCGGCGAGGGGUGCGACCUACCCCUCCUACGUUACCUGGAUGGGGCAAUGUCCAAGCAGAGAUCAACGCAGACGACAUGGUGAAGUACGAGGAGAGGAUGGCGAUGGAAAAGGAGCUGGAGGGUCAGCGAGUGACGUUCAACCACACUCACAAGGAGACUGACCGCGGUCAGAAUGGUUCUAGCAAUGUGCUAGCGAUCAGGGAGGAGAAGCUGGAGUAG